AUGCACAUUUGCAUAAUAUGUACUUCAGAAACAGAUUUUCCAACAAAAUGUGACUGUCACUUUUGUUUAUUAUGCUUGCUAAAUUGGUUUGAAGAAAAAAAUAGAGAUAAGCCAAUAGAAAUACUUAAUUGUCCAAAUUAAGAUUGUAAAUUCACCUACACUAGAGAGGAAAUAUUAAGUUAUUGUUCUCGAUAACCUUAUGAGGGUAGGAUUCAAGAAAUCUUGCUCAAAGAAUAUCUAAAAAGUCAAGAUAUACGUCCGUGUCCAAGUGGAAAAUGCAAAUAUUUUGGAUACAUUGAACUCGGUAAUAAAUGCGAUGACGAACUUGAGUGUUUAGAUUGCAAAACAACAUGGAGAGACUUUGCCUUGGCUUCAUACACAUUUUAAACAGAAUAAUUGAUAAAAAAUAUUUUUGGAAUCAUUAGAGAAUUUUGCUAUUGUUUUAUUACUGCAAAUGAAUGUCCUAAUUGCGGAGUUUUAAUCUAAAGAAAUGGAGGUUGUAAACACAUGACGUGUAAAGCAUGUGCUCAUCAAUUUUGCUGGUAUUGUAAAUAAUAAUGGGGAAGACAUAAAGAAUCCUAAUGUUUUGGUUCAGGAGCAAUAUCAAUCGUGUUACUUAUAACUAUGGGCAUCAAUAUUUUGUAUCAGCUUGGAAUAUUCUACUAUUUUCUCUAUGUAUUUUAUCCUUUGUUUUUGCUAUUGGAGCUAUUAACCAUGAAUGUAUUAGUAGUAGGAACUGGCUUUGGGAUAUUUCUCUUGUUUAAAUCAAUUCUCGAUCUUAAGAAUAAUAGGAGACGCAUUUGUGAUAAUCUAAUUGCCUUAGGAGGAUCGAUUUUAUUGUUGACCCUUGAAUAUUUAGUCUUAUGGUUUUCUAUGGCCUAUUUAGAUAUAACAUUUUCCAAAGCAGUCGUUGGGUUCAUCAUAGAGAUUUCAAUUAUUAUUUUAAUGAUCUGUUACUUCAACAGAGUCGGCUUUGGAUGGAUAUCCCUUCCGGUGCUAAGUAUAGUUUUAUUUUACUUUCUUGGAAUUAAUGGGGUGAUCAUAAUUAUUUGGUAAAUUCCAAUGAUAAUUGGUCAUAACAAUUUUCUAACAUAAGUUGGGUUUAAUGUUUUAGCCUUAGGUUUACUGAAUUGUUUAGCUCAUCACUAAUAUAUUUAAUAUUGGGAUCUACAGUAUUGCAUUAUCGCAAAAAUUCCCAUAUAGGUAAUUUAAUGUUUGUAGGCAUUGUAGCAUUAUCUUAUCUUUAUGGAUUAAUAUUUGGUUGACUUAUAUUUUUCAUAUUUAUUAAUUAAAUGUAAUAAAAAUCUACUUCUUAUGCAGGAUAAGCCCUUUAGCAAAUUGCAUUUGAGAUGGGAAAGCCAACCUCCUUUGGUAGAACCAUACAUUGCAAUUCUCGAAGAAAAUUGGUAUGAUACAAAAGACUCAUUCAAAUAGAUGAAGUAAGAAAAUUUCGAUGAAUUCAAAAUUCCAAAGAGAAUUGGUUAAUUGCUGAUGGAAUAUGUUCAAAGACCUGAUAAUUAGAAAUAAAACUGGCAAUUAGAAUUGGCUAAAAUAUUUUCAGAAAUUUCAGAUUAGGAUUAGCUUUAUAAAACAUUAGAAAUACUUUUUAAAAUAAUUUCCGUCUAGAUAAAUAGAGGAUUAACAUCUCCUCUAAAACUCUUUAGAGUAACAUUUUAAAAUACCGAUCUGCAUUAAAUUAUCUAGCAAGCUGAAUUAUUACUAGUUGAAUAUAAAAUGGAACAAUAAGCUCUUUGGAAGGAGGCCGCAGAAGAAUUAGUGAAUUAUACAUAAAAGAAAUCCGGAUUCAAUCCAAAAGCGGCUAUCAUUCACACUUCAUCUUAAAAUGUAUCCAUCACCUCCGAAUUAGCCAAAAAGGAAGGCUACGAUGUUUAUUCAUUCUCUUAGAAACUUGAACAAUUGCAUCAGAAAAGAUUUUAAAUUAUGAGCCAGCCCAUAUCUAAUAGAGAAAUUAAAGUAUUUAUUGGUAGAAAACAACAAUCACCAGUGUAAUUGCAAUAGCAAAUCCAAGGAUAAGACGAUUACGAAGAAGUACAACCUUAAAAAGAUUAACAGCUUUUGCAGUUUCUUUAAUAGGUUGCAUAGUCUUUAAUAGUCAUUAGAAGAAUAGUAAUUUGCAUCUAAAAGAAAGAAGGAAUAUUUGGACCUUCUUAGCAAGCCAAUAUUGCCAAAACAGAUAUUAGAGUCUAAUUUCCAAAUAGCGUAAUUGUUUAGGCUAUCUUUGGUCCAUUAGAGACAUUAAAAACCUUAUAUGAUUUGAUAUAGGAUAUGUUAGAAAAUAGUAACCUUGAUUUCUACUUGUAUACUUCCCCUCCUCCACUUAGAAUGACAUAAAAGCAUUUAAAUCAAACCUUUGAUGACUUAAAUUCUGUUCCAAAUGGAUUAUUCUAUUUUGGAGUUGAAAAGCAGACCUCAAACUUCUAUUUGAAAGAAUAAUGGAUGCAAUGUGCUAGGGAGUUAUGA